GAGAGCUCGAGGACGCGCGCCCGAUGGAUAACUGCUCUCUGAAGCCUUCAUAAAGUCAGAGAUAUGAGCGGCGAAGUAGAAGAGGAUAAUCCAGAACAAACCAAUUACAGAUGUAAAACACCUACCCUGUUGUCCUCGUACUGCAUCGACAGCAUUCUAGGAAGGAAAAGUCCCUUAAAAGUUCAAGCAACACCACACAGUUUGUGGCUCCUUCAUCCAGACAUGCACCUGCCGCCGAAGCUUCGCCGGCCCUUCGCCCCGCUGACAGACUCCUCCACAGACGAAACAGCGGGCCCGAGACUGAUCCAAACAGCCUAUGAAAAAUUACAAAUUACAGAGGCCUCGCUAGUCAACAUCAGUCGUGCUGGAUCGUAUCAAGAACACGAGUCCUGCAAAAACACGCCAGUAAAUGAGAAAGAAGGAGCCGAUAAUUGUGGAGAGAGUACUGUUACUCUAAAGCAAGAACGAGAGGGUUAUUUGAAGAACAGCGAGGAAACUUCUUUAUCCGCGGGAAGUGACACUGAAGAUGGGAUCUUGAAACGAAAACAGAGGAGAUACCGGACAACAUUUACCAGCUAUCAACUUGAGGAGCUGGAACGAGCUUUUCAAAAGACUCAUUACCCAGAUGUGUUCACAAGGGAGGAAUUGGCAAUGAGACUUGAUCUUACAGAAGCACGAGUACAAGUCUGGUUCCAGAACCGGCGUGCGAAAUGGAGGAAAAGAGAAAAGGUGGGGGUCCAGCCACACACCCUCAGCUUACACUAUCCAGGAGCCCCUCCUGCUGCACAGUCCUUGUGUCAUUACCUGAGCGGGAAUCCUUUUGUCCCAAACCCACAUCCAGCUAUUGAUUCAGCCUGGCCUGCCCCCCUCCAAAGACUAGCUCAGCCGUCCCAAAACUCUAUCUCCCCUCCUGGCUUCAGCGCACUCUUAGGGGCAGCCAUGUUUAGACAUCCCGCUUUCAUCAACCCUACUUUCGGAAGACUGUUUACAAGCCUAGGUCCAAUGGCUCUUCAAAGGAUACCUCUACCUGCCAUUGAGGGUCCAAUUCAACGCUCUCACCUCACCACAAGCCUUCUCUCCUCUUCACCACCUUUACCUUCCUCUCCGACGGUGGACCUCCGAGCUUCCAGCAUAGCAGCACUGCGCCUCAAAGCGAAGGAGCAUUCGGCUCAGCUGACCCACAUCACAGCUGCUGGGACGGCUGGAAAAGAGGAGUGCUAAGACUCGCUCUCACUCAAGAGAUGGCAAAAGACCAAAGUCAAGCAGAAGCACUGAUUUCAAGAGAGUUGUUAUCGAUAAAUAGACAAAAGUAGUCUUCAGUCUCUGGAAGUUAAACUGUAGCAUUCUUUUGUUAAUUUGUUUGUUUAUUGGUUGUUUCUGAUUGCUGAGUGUUUUCAGUCAUUUGUGAAUGAUAUUUUCAUUAUUGUAAAUGACCACCACAAACACACAACAGCCAUAUUUGGGCAAGCUGCUUUUAAUGUCACAUAUCCAUUCAAAGAGUUGUUUUUUUUUAGCAGUAAAUGGGUGUUUUAUUCUACAUGUAUUUAUUCCACAUCACAUUAACAGUAUCAAGACCGGUAUUGGUGUGGUAAUGGUUACAUGCCUUACCAGGAGUUUAUAAUUUAUUGCACCUAAAUGAGCUACCAUUCAGGGAAGGAAAUAAAAUAACCAUAUGCUCAUCUUGAGGUAUUAUCCAGGGGAAAUAUUAAGAUAAUGUGAAAGUAAAAUAAACUGAAUUGCAAAUGCUUUAUGUUGUCUUAACAU